AGCCCGACUUCUCUUUUUUACUUAAGUUAGCCUUGUUUUACUUAUAAGCAAUUAUGAAAAAAAAGUUAUUAACUUCGGAACCGCCUAAAAAUUGCCCGGGAACUAAUAGUGAGGAUGCGGGCAAAAGUGAAGCUUGUCAAGGCUGUCCUAAUCAAGGGAUUUGUUCCACAGGAAUCCCGGUGGCCCCCGAUUCUGAUAUGGAGGCCAUAAGAGAGAGGAUGUCCACUAUAAAAAAUAAAAUUAUAAUUUUAUCUGGAAAAGGCGGCGUUGGCAAGUCAACAGUUUCUACGCAGUUGGCCUUUACUUUAUCUCGUGAUAAAAACAUUGAAGUUGGCCUUUUGGAUAUUGACAUAUGCGGGCCGUCCAUCCCGUUGACUCUGGGUCUGCAGGGCGAGCAGGUUCACUGCAGCGGGAGCGGUUGGCAGCCCGUGUUUGUGAGCGAGAAUCUGUGUGCUAUGUCCAUCGGGUUUCUUCUUCCCCGCGCGGACGAACCGGUUAUUUGGAGAGGCCCCAAAAAAAACGGGCUGAUCCGACAGUUCCUGCGGGAAGUCGAAUGGGGCUCGCUGGAGUAUCUUCUCAUUGAUGCACCGCCAGGCACGUCCGACGAGCAUCUCUCUAUUGUCCAACUGCUCAAAGAGGAUCUCACCGGAGCCGUCGUAGUAGCCACUCCGCAGAGCAUUUCACUUUUAGACGUACGGAAAGAAAUUAAUUUUUGCAAAAAAGUUGGACUUCCCCUCAUUGGUGUUGUGGAGAAUAUGAGCGGCUUUGUUUGCCAGCACUGCAAACAGAAGUCAAGCGAGCUUUUUACGUCGAGCGAAGGGGGCGCUGAGCGGAUGGCAUCAGCAAUGGGCUGCCCUUUUCUGGGUCGCAUCUCUGUGGACCCCCGAGUGGGGCGCUGCACCGACAGCGGACUUUCAUAUGUGGAUGCAUACGAAGACCAGCCGGUGGCUGUCCAGUUUCUUUCCCUCGCAAAAAAAGUUUCUGAUUACUGCUUGGGAAAAAAAACUUGUGGACAGCAAGAAAAUUUGAUAUAAUUUUCAUUUCUUCUCCGUUUCUUUACAUUUGGAAAUAGCACUAUUCAAUAACAGUGCUAGUACUAUAAAAUACCGAAUAUCAUAUAGUAACACUAGCGCUAUUAAGAAGCGGAGCGGGCCGUGCUAACACGGAACCGAAGAGUAACCGAAGCAAACAGUACUCCUAGCCCGAAGGUAGCCAAGAACUGAAAAGAAUACCAGUACUAUACAAGCAAAUCAAGUAAAUAUAGUACCAGCACUCUAAAUCAGUCUUUAAUAAAACAAUUAUCUCGAGCCGAAACUCAAUCAAAUUAAUCAUUUGACUAGACCACAGGACCUUGGACGAGGGCUAGUGCUUUUGUGUUGCUCACUGUAUAGACCUGUUCACACUCAAAAGCCUUCGCACGCAGUUAGUGAAUUGCAAGCAGUAGUAUCUAUACAGCUUAACUGUUUCUGUCAAUAUGCUAAAAGUGAACAUAUCGGUUUACCACAUCACUUCCGUUAUUUUUCACAGAG